AUAUAUAUGCAAAAAUAAAAUCAAACCUUUUAAUUAAGGAGCAGCUAAUGCUUCUGCCAAACUUUUAUUCCGCUAUGGAAGACCACAACUUUCUUCCGCUGCUGCCUCAAUAUCACCGGCGAAUAUAAUCUGUGUGUUUAUUUCACCAAACUCACACACUUUGACAUGAAAAUCAUCUCUGUGUUUAUUACAUUAUUACCACUUGUCAUCAUCUUAAACCUAAUUAUGGCUGAUCAGGCCUUGUCUGAAUCAUACAUACAAAUCGGGUACGAGGUGACACUCGCCGUCCCAACUGUGUACACAAAAGGGUUCGUCGGGAGAGCUUUUCUGACGGAAGUACAACAGGCGGCGGCGCCGCAUUUUAGAGCAGCAAUCACCGUCGAAGCCGCCGUCGAAGAAGAAAAUAAUUAUUACUCCUGCUCACUCGAUAUCCUGCUCGGAGAUGUUAGAGUAUGGACUUCCGGCCAUUUAUCAAGAUUCUACACCACCGGAAAAUGCGUCCUCGAGUUGACUCAGUACGGCGACUUGCGAUUGAAGGGUCAGAAUGAACGAGUCGGAUGGAGGAGUGGCACUUCCGGACAAGGCGUUAAGAGAUUAAAUCUGCUAAGGACAGGGAAUUUGGUUUUAGUGGACGCAUUAAACUUGAUUAAAUGGCAGAGCUUCAAUUUUCCGACUGAUAUAAUGCUGUGGGGGCAGAGACUGAGUUCGCAAACUCGGUUAACUUCUUUCCCAGUCAACUCAACACUAUUCUAUUCAAUGGAAAUUCAGUAUGACAAGAUUGCACUAUACUUAAACUAUGGCAAGUGGAAGUAUUCAUAUUGGGAAUAUCAGCCUUCAAUCAAAAAAAACAUCACAUUCAUGCAGCUAACUUCAACCGGGCUCGAAAUAUUCAACGGCAAGAACAAAUUCGAUUCGAUAAAAUCGAACGACCCCCCACGAUUUCUUUCGCUAGAGAAGAGCACAGGCAAUUUAAACAUUUAUCAUUACUCAGAAGAUAAGGGCAAAUUCGAAGCUACUUAUCAAGCGCUUAACUUAAGUUGUGAUCUUCCUUUGUCGUGUAAUAAGCCUUACUGGAUUUGCACUUUGUCGGGAGAAUGCUCGUGUAUUCGAGUAAACGCGCAUCGAUCCGAUUGCUUCGAGGGGAAUAUCGAGGGGCUUUGUGGGAAAAAGAAUGCGGAAAUGGUUGAAUUAAGAGGUGUGAUUAGUGUAAUUAAGAGUGUUUCUAGUUAUGGAAGUGGUAAUUAUAAUAAUGUUGGUAAAAAAGAGUGUGGAGAGUUGUGUUUGGAUGAUUGUACUUGUGUGGCAGCAGAGUUUGAUUUUGGGGAGUGUAAUUUGUAUAAAAUGGUUAGAGGGAUUAAGCAAGUUGAAGGAGGGAGUGGAGAUAUUAAGUACAUGAUUAAGGUUGCUAAAGGAACAAUAAUUGAGGGUUAUGGUAGUAAUUAUGGGUUGAAGAGAUGGGUAAUUAUAGUUGUGGGAGUGGUUGAUGUGUUUGUUAUUAUACUUGUGUUGGGAGGACUUGGGUAUUAUUUUGUAAUUUGGAAAAGAAGAAAGGACUCACUUGUUAAUGAUUAAUCUAAUUGAUUUACAUUUACAAUCGGAUUUUCUGAAA